AUGAUGUAUUCCAGACCAUCAUCAAGUUCAAGUUCAAGUUCAUCUUCUUCCAAUAAUGAAGAAUAUGAUCAACUCGUUGAUGAACUCUUCACAUACCAACCCCCAUCUUUCCUCAUGCCCCAAACACAAUCCCAACGUACUUCAAAAACACGUAGAGGGGGUACGAACAGAAGAGAUAGGGAAAUGGGACAUGCCAGGCUGUUUAAUGAUUAUUUUUGCGAUAAUCCUGUGUACAACACCACCCAAUUUAGAAGAAGGUUUCGUAUGCAACGACCUUUGUUUUUACGUAUAAUGAACAAGGUCGUUGAAGGUGAUGUUUACUUCCAGCAGCGUAGGGAUGCAACUGGAAAGUUAGGCUUAUCACCUCUGCAAAAAUGUACAGCCGCGAUAAGAAUGUUAGCCUACGGCAUGGAUGCAGACGCCGUUGAUGAAUACGUUCGAAUCAGUCAGUCAAUCGCUCGAGUUGCCCUACAACGUUUUUGUGCCGGGGUCAUUGAUCAGUUCGGAACCGAGUACAUGCGAAACCCUACAACUGAUGAAUUGGCCCGGAUACUGCAUCAAAAUGAAAUGCGUGGUUUUCCAGUGUUCGAUGAGGUUCUGCAUGGCCAAGCUCCUCCGGUAAAUUUUACAGUUAACGGCCAUGAAUACAACAUGGCUUAUUACUUAGCCGACGACAUUUAUUCGAAGUGGGCAACUUUUGUUCAGGGUAUCACAUUCCCUCAACUGGCCAAAGAUAAAAUGUUCGCUGACCACCAGGCUGCCGCUCGAAAGGACGUUGAAAGAGCUUUCGGUGUUUUGCAAGCUCGAUUUGCAAUAAUACGAAAAUCGUCGUUGGCGUACAAUGAGGACAUACUGCGGGACAUAAUGAAAGCAUGUAUCAUUAUGCACAACAUGAUUGUUGAAGAUGAGCGCCACAACUACACUCGAGCCGAAGCUCUAAGAGCCUUCUACGAAGAAGAUCAACAAGAAUUAACACCAGCAUCAACGUCUACAACGCCACCGUUUGAAUUCAAUGUAGGUCAACCUACCGACUUUGACUUUAACGCAUUUCUACAGCGAAAAGCUUCCCUCCUUGAUAGAGAAAUUCAUCUAUCUCUGAAACGUGAUUUAGUCGAACAUAUUUGGUUACAAUACGGGCCACGUAAUUAG